ACUUAGCGGUAGCUUAUUUGUGAGCCCAGAAUCCCGGCCGCCCCACAGGACACAGCGCCCCGCUCUUAUCAGCUUAUCGUAGUUCCACCCCGGCAGCACCCUGGCCAAAAAAUUUCCAGGCUCUCGAGUCUCGCGGGUUGCUGUGCCUGUCACGCCUGUCAUCCGUCGUCUGUUCUGUUUCGCCUUUUGUCAUUUUGCUCGCCGCGUGCGAAGCAUCCAAACUUCGAACCCACGGUCCGCCUCCCCCAACCACCGACAACACACACAGGACCGUUGCCCACGAUGCCGUCCACCACGUCAGGACGUAUCGUCAAAUCUCAGAGGGGGGUGAAAAAGACCCCCCAUCAAAAGAACCACCGAUGGGAGUCUUUCAGCACCAAGAUCUCCAAACUCCAUUCGCUCGACCCGCUGCGCAAAGUCCGCCGUCACGAUCUCGAAGCCGAAGACCUCAAUGCCACCACAUCCUACCUGCGCAAUGGCCUCGACAAAUGGUCCGAACUCAACAUCUCACGCGCCUACGUCAACUUCCGGAACCAGGUCACGUCGCUGACCGACUCCCUCGCCCAGAUCCUCUACCAUGAGGACAGGAUUAUGGACCUCCUGGUCGAACACACAGAGAAGCACCACAAGGAAACCCUCGAGCCAUUGUUGGACCUAAUCACCGCCUUCGCCCACGACUUGGGCGUACGCUUCGAGAAGCACUACCCACGAGCCCUGCGCCUUAUCGUCAACCUCGCCAGCAAGGUGCACGAUGUGGAGGUUAUCGAGUGGACCUUCGCCGCCCUGGCCUUCCUUUUCAAAUACCUUUCGAGACUCUUAGUCCCCGAUCUGCGCCCGACAUACGACACAGUUGCUCCCCUGAUGGGCAAGGCCAGACAGCCCGGCCAUAUCGCCAGAUUCGCCGCCGAGGCCAUGAGCUUCCUGAUCAAGAAGGCCGCCGCCCCAAGUCACAAGCAGACGGCGCUACCCUUGAUUGUGCAGCAUGUACGGGACGACCUCUACAGUAUGGAAGGGACGAAGCAGUUCGGUCUUUAUAGCCAGGGAAUAAUGGUCAUGUUUGCGGAGGCCAUCAAGGGCGCGGGAAACUCGCUACACUCGACAGGAUCCGACGUUAUCACAGCUUUGGCAAAGGCUGUGCCCGAGGAGGAGCUCGAUCUGGCAUCGGAAAAACCAACAAUCUGGACUGACGUCUGCUGCGGCGUGCUUACAUCCACUAUCCACCACUCGACACCCGAGACGUUUGCACCAGUGGAAACAAGGAUUUUCGAAGAUGCGGCGGCUACACAACGACCAAUCCUCUUUGUUCAGCUCCUCGGCGUUGCUGCUGGUGUCCGCCAGGGAAUACGGAUCAACGAUUGGGCGCUCCUAGUCAAGACGUUGGGUCAACUUCUCACGUCUCUCUCGACCUUUAAGGACAAUGCGGAGUUCAUGGCCUCGCCACGGCUAUGGCAACGCAUAAUGAUGAAUGCGGCUAUCAUCUGGGCCCAGGCACCUAUCGACGCUCUCCUUCCCUCGUUGUCGGCCUUCAACGGCGCUAUGACCAAAGAGCCUCUCAUGAGGUGGUAUAUCCCCUUCUGCUCUUACUUGUCAGACUUGCACCCCGAUCGAUUCAGGGGACUAUUUCAGAAAGAUUUCCAAAAAUUUAUUGUAGCACAUUGGUCUGAUGCCGCCAACGAAGAUUUGCUUUGUGUACUAAUACCACAUAUGAUUGAGACGGGUGGUCUUCCUAGCCCCCAUGCGAAGGAGAGCUUCCCUCUGCCACAAUCUUGGCAGGACCAGAUUGUGAGCAAGUUUGUCCGACUCGAAGAUACCCCUUUUCCCGAGAGCGGCGGCUUUGGCAAGGACCGCGAAACUUGGAAGGAAAAGUGUCUGCCGAUGUACUCUGGUCUCCUGCGCGUGUUGGAGUCUACUUCCGUACAUCCCUCCACAAAUGCUCGGAUAGCAGAAGUCUUGCUUAAGAAGCUCAAACUUGCUCUCCGGCCGUCUUCAUCCCUCCCGACUGACGAGGCCAACUUCAUCGUCAGUGAUGGGUUCCGUGCCUACCUGAGAAUGUGCGCGGCCGCGGGGUCUGUCGAUCUCAGCCUUGCUCCGUUGCUCAGAGCCGCUGCGCCGAGAUUCUGCCGUCUGCCUAAGUUCCUUGAGGCUUUGUUGGACUACGAGCAAGAACUAAACCGCAAGUCUCAAAGCUCGCCGGAAGCUAAUAACGGUCGGGGUAACAGCCCUCAAGAGGAGGAUCCUUUGGUGAAGUCUCUCAUCAAGAACCUCGCUUCUACAUCACACGAUUUGCGCCUUGUUUCUUUGCGGAUUCUCGAUGUCCUGGAGACGACACCUGAUUCGAACUCGGCUUUGUCGACAAUGAUCCAAGUGGAAGAACUUCCCUUGAACCAAAUGCAAAGCGUCCGCGCUGUCGCUGUGCAUCUACGAAAACUCAGUCAAAUCUAUCAUCACAUCGAGGAGAGCUUGUGGCUGGUCCAAGCUAUCCCGUCCUUCCUUUUCGGCCUUACAACGGUAAAACUCUCGCCCGUCUGGGAUGACGCAGUGGAAGCGAUGAAGAAGAUUUCGGAGACUAAGCAUGGUGAGGAGAUUGUUGCCGAGCUGGCCUUUGAGUGGCUUGAGGUGCCGUCCCCUCGCUGGACAGGCCCCUUCGAGCCCCCUAUCGACGAUCACCGCAAAGCCAUGACGGACUUCGAGUGUACUGGCCUCAUGAGACUGCAGGAGGCUGCAGUCAACACGGGCAAGGUGGUCAGCGAGUUGUCGCAAAAGAUGCUGAGCACUUUCGAAGAGGGACAAAAGGCGGUCGAACUUCGCUCGGAUCGCGCACGCAGCAAAGCUCUCAAGGUAUUCACUGCUCUUCCUGGCUCUGCUGAAAAGCGCUCGAGGAAGAUCGUCCCGUACCUUCUGUCCUUCACUACGGAAGAAGGCGAGACUCCGGCUGCUGAGGAGAAUGAGGAUCAGCCCUUUUCCGAGGAAGACGGAAGCUGGUCACUCCAAGACAGGAAGGCCCUUGUGGGUGUCUUCUCCCACUUCGGCAACCCCAAGGUGCUUUGGCAAAGCCAAAAGGUUUACACUGCGCUCCUGAAGCUGCUAGCCAAUGGUGAUGUCGAGCUUCAGAAGAUGGCGCUCAAGGCAAUCCUGGCGUGGAAAAGCGAUGCCAUCAAGCCGUAUCAGGAACACCUUGAGUAUCUCCUGGACGAAGCCCGCUUCAAGAACGAACUCACUGUUCUUUUCCAGGGUGACAACAAGAUCCGCCCUGAGCACCGCGCUGAACUGAUGCCAGUUCUCCUUCGCUUGCUGUAUGGUCGUACCAUCUCCAAGAAGGGCGCGGCUAGCGGACGUCACGGUCUUCAUAACACACGUUUGGCCGUCAUCAGACAGCUGGAUGUGGCGGAUAUGGGCAAGUUCUUGGACAUCGCCCUUGGCGAGCUUCGCAGUGUCCGUAUCCUGGACGGUGACGUCGUCAAGGAGAGCACCUUUGCUGAGGAGCUCAUUCCAGUUCGCAAGCAGGUCGGUCUGCUGAACAUGGUUGAGGCCAUCAUCAACGAGCUCGGAACCGCUGUUGUUCCGUACAUGGACGCGCUUGUCAAUGCUGUCCUGUUCUGUUUGAUCACAGCGUGCAGGAAUCUGGGAGCUGCCUCUGAGGAUCCGGAGGAGGCGGAGCCGGUGCAGAAUGCUUCUCUGUACAAGUCGGUGAGGACCACUGGUCUCAAGUGUCUCUGCAAGCUGUUCCAGAAUGCGCAGACCUUUGACUGGAAGCCGUAUGAAAAUGUGAUGGUGAAGGAGAUCGUCAGCCCUCGCAUUGAGAAGCUCCCGGCCGAGACUACUCAAGGCGUUUCCGGUGUAUGGAGGCUUCUGUCGACCUGGGCCGUUCUGCCCAAGGCAGCGUUGUUCCUCAAUAUCGACAAGCGCAUUCUUCCGAAGGUUAUCGAAAGUCUUGGUGUUGAAAAGGGCAAGGACGAGGUCAAGGUCCACGCGCUCGAGAUCCUUAAGAGCCUUAUCGGUCUCGCCCAAGCUCCUGCGGCUGAAUCCGAGUACAAUGAGCUCAUUAAGGAUGAGCUUUUGGUGCCGAAUGUCAACCUUAUGCUCAAGGAGAUUGGCGGUCUCCUCCGUGAUCAGACUGACAUCGGAAAGGACCUUCUCGGCACUGCCGUCGAUACUGUUGUUCUCCUUGCGCCAAUUGUUGAGGCCUCCUCUGCCAGUGUUCAGGAUAUGGUGGAUAUUGCUACCUACUUGCUCAACCAGCCAGCACGUCGCGUCAGCCCCAAGAUCAAGGGAUCCAUCCUGCUGAUCCUCAAACAGUUCCUCGUCCUGGAAGACGUUCAGACAAAUGGGGAGCUGAAGAAGAGAGUCUACAGCACCGUCGCUUCGCUCUUUGGAUACUUCAAAGAUAAGGAGAACAGACAGACGCUUGCCGACGUCUUGCUUGUGUUUGCCUCCACGGAGCCGUGGGCUCAGGAGGUGGCAGAUAUCUGCCGUGACUUAAACUCGUACAAGGUGAAGAGGCUGGACGAGCCGGACUACAACACCCGACUCACUGCCUUCAACCGCAUCUCUGGCGACCGCGAGACCCCCUUCACAAUCGACGAGUGGAUGCCGUUGCUGCACAACCUUUUGUUCUAUAUCAACCAGGACGAGGAGUUCGGUGUGCUGUCAACCAACGCUGCUGACGGACUGUGCAAGUUCAUCAGGGCGGCUGAGGCAGCCUGGGCUGGCCCUCAACAAGAUGCGUAUACUGGCAUUAUGUCCGAUAUCAUCCUGCCUGUCAUCUAUGCUGGGUCCAGAGAGGCCUCGGAGACUGUCCGCCGUGAGGUCGUGCGUGUGUUUGGAUACUUGGUCGCUCACCUCCCCUCCUGGGAUCAGGUUUCUGACUUGACCUUGUUGGUCCCUGCCUCUGAUGAAUCCGACAAGGCGUUCUUCUUCCAUAUCAUGAGUCCUGCUAUCGCCAGACAGCUGCAGGCUCUGCGUAUCUUGGAAGCGGCCAAUGAGAAGAGCGAGUUCCGGUCUAAGCACAUCAGCCAGUUCUUCAUUCCGCUCCUUGAACACUUCAUUUUCGGUAAGCUGGAAGGAGGUGAUGAUCACGGCCUUAGCGCGCAGACUAUUGCUGCCAUCGCUGGGUUGACUGCCUCGUUGGAGUGGCAGCAAUACCGCGCUAUUAUGCGUCGUUUCGUCUCUUUCAUUGAGUCGAAGCCAGAAUGGCAGAAGCGGUUGAUUCGUCUGCUUGAGAAGGAGGUUGAUGUGCUGCGCGCCGCUAUUGCUCAGAGGCCUAGUGCCGACGCCAUGGAUGUCGAUGGUGUUGAGCCUCCCAAGCUUUGCAGACUUGCUAAGACCAUCCCUGAUCAGGAGAAGCUUAGCGCUGAGAUUGUGAACAACUUCUUGCCUACUCCUAUCAAGCACCUCCACGAGAAGGAUGAGGCCACGGUCAGCACCAGAGUUCCGGUCGGUGUGAUCAUCGCUAAGCUUGCCACCCUCCUUCCCGAGCCGCUGCUCAAUGAGAAGCUGCCCGGUGUGCUCACCGACAUCUGCCAUAUCCUCAGGAGCAAAGCGUGGGAUGCUCGUGAGAUGGCUCGCGAUACUCUUUCCAAGAUCGCGGUCAUUCUGGGCCCCGAAAGGUUUGAGUUCAUCCUCAAGGAACUGCGCGGCGCUCUUCGCAGUGGUCCCCACCUUCACGUUCUGUCUUAUACCCUUCAUUCCAUGUUGUUGGCUGUCAUCCCCACCUUCAAGCAAGGCGAUCUCGACUACUGCCUCUCCACCAUCAUGGCGGUCCUCAUGGAUGAUAUCUUUGGUGCUGCCGGUCAAGAGAAGGAUGCUGAGGAUUAUGUCAGCAAAAUGAAGGAGGUGAAGAGCAGCAAGAGUCAAGACUCCAUGGAGCUGAUUGCCAAGACGGCGUCUAUCACACGCCUCAGCGACCUUACCAUGCCCUUGCAGGCGCUUCUGCUCGAGAAGCUUGAUCUUAGGACAGCUCGCAAGAUCGACGAGCUUCUUACCCGCAUCACCAAGGGCCUCUUGGAGAACCCGGCGGCUGCCUCCCAAGAGAUCCUUGUGUUCUGUUAUGAGGUCAUGCAGGAGGUGUACAAGGCUCAGAAGCCAGAGGAUGGGCCCAAGAUGGAUCCCCGCCUGAAGAGAUACAUCGUCCAGAAGGCCGCCAAGAGGGCUGAUGGAGGAAUUACCGCCAAGUAUACGUUCAAGCUCAUCAAAUUCGCCAUCGACAUCCUUCGUGCUGUCCUCAAGAAGCACGAUAACCUGCGCACAGCCAACAACAUUGCCGGAUUCAUGUCUCUGCUCGGUGAUGCUGUCUUGUCGAUUGAGGAAGAAGUCAAGGUUGCGGCCUUCAAGCUGCUCACCGUCAUCGUUAAGGUUCCCUUCAAGAAUGGUGAUUCCACUGCCCUCUACAAGGUGGCUACCAAGGAAGCUAUCAGGUCCAUGACCUUGUCUGCCUCAACCGCGUCUGAGCUUGCGCAGGCGGCGUUGAAGCUCAUCUCUGUUGUCCUCAGAGACAGGCGUGAGAUUCCCAUCAAGGAGCCCGCCCUCGACAUGCUGCUUAGCAAGUUGAAGGAUGACUUGACUGAGCCUCUGUAUCGCCAUGUCACCUUCAACUUCCUCCGCUCGGUGCUUGAACGUAAGAUGGAGACGGCCUCGGUCUAUGACACUCUCGACCACGUCGGUACUGUCAUGAUCACCAACGACGACAAGGACACCCGGGAUCUGGCUCGCGGUGCUUUCUUCCAGUUCCUCCGCGAAUAUCCCCAGAAGAGGAACAGGUGGGAGAAGCAGCUCAAGUUCAUCGUGGCCAACCUCAAGUACGAGCGUGAGGGUGGUCGCUUGUCAGUCAUGGAGGUCAUCAAUCUCUUGCUCAAGAAGACGUCUGACGACUUCGUCCAGGAGGUGGCGGCGACAUGCUUCAUCCCCCUUGUGUUCGUCCUGGCCAAUGAUGACAGCGAGAAAUGCAGACUCGCUGCCGCAGAGCUGAUCAAGGAGACCUUCCGCGUGGCAGAUAAGGAGCGUCUUACCAAGUUCAUGACUCUGAUGCGCAACUGGGCCGAGCAAGGCGAGAACAUGGCGGUGCUCAAGCUCGCGAUUCAGGCAUUCGGACUCUACUUUGAGGGUCGCGAACCCACCUCCAAGGACAAGAAGGACGUCAACCUUGUCGUUGACAGGAUCACCAAGGUUCUCGGUGAUGAUGAGACCGUUCAGUCCAACUGGGAGCUUGUCGACACCAGUCUUAACACGGUCCAGACUCUUGUCGCCAAGCAUCCCCAGAAGGUCUUGUCGCCUGCCUCUGACGUCUUGUGGACCGAGGUCCGCGACACUCUUGCUCACGAGAACCCCACCGUGAAGCUCACCGCGACCAGGCUUCUCAGCAUGUACCUCGCGGACUUUGCCCAGAACGCCGCCGGUGGCCAGCAACAAGCUCCUCAACAAGCACCUCUACACGGUUCCCACGGGCGCGAGUUGAGCAAGAAAGAAAUCAGCGACCUUGUCCGCCUGGCACUCAACACCUUCAACGUGCCCGAGGUUGACGAGCCGCUGGCUCACGAGGUCGUCCAGAUCCUGCUCUUCCUAGGCAGCUACCUAGACGCCAAGAACACCGACGACAAGAAGGGUGCCGAUGAGAAGGAGGAGGAGUUGGAGGAUGAGGAGGAAGACGAGGAGGCCGGCGUCCGUAAGAAGCACAAAAAGCCCGUAGACAUGGGCUACCUCUUCUACAAGCUCGCCUCCAUCAUCCGAAAAGAACGCGCCGCCCGGCCCGAGAUGCUCGUCGCCAAGCUCUCCGCCAUGGACCUGCUCGAAUCCUUCUGCGAGAAAUCCGACCCGUCCACUUUGCUCGGUUCCAUCAAAACCAUCAUCCGCCCCCUACGCAACCUGACGGACCCGUCCAUCCCUGGCCCCUUCUCCUUGAACGAGGUGUUCAAGACCCGCUACGAGCUGCUCAAGACGAAGGCCUUGUCGGUCCUGGAUGUGCUGCAACGAAAGCUGGGAAGCUCAGAGUAUACUAGGGCGCUGUUGGCCGUUGGUCAGGAUAUUCGCGAGAGGAGAAACGCUCGGUCGAGUAAGAGGAAGAUUGAGGCGAUUACGGCACCGGAAAAGUAUGGACGGGAGAAGAGGAAGAAGUUUGAGAAGAAGAAGGAGAAGAGGAAGGAGAAGGGGCGGGAGGCGAGGGAUGCUAGGCAGGCUUAUCAUGCUAGUUAGAGGGAGGUGGUGAUGAUGGAGGUGGUGUAGGAGGAAAAGGAGGGGGAGGAAAGGAAUGGAAUGGAAUGGAAUACCCGGUGGUUGAUGUACGUUGUUUUUUUGUUGUUGGGUUAGGGUUGGGAAAAAAGUAGAAAUAUCAUUUAAUGGGAGUUUUGAAGCAUUUUCUGGUUGGUUAUAAA